AUGUUCGUCCGGGCCCUCUUCACGGUUCUGCUUGCCGUCCUCGCAUAUGCCACUCCUCAUAGGCGACAAGAGGCUCGUGUUAUCACCAGCUGCACUAAGCCUAACACUGCUGCCUUGACUUUCGAUGAUGGUCCCUGGGUCUACCUUUAUGAUGUCAGCAAGGCCCUCGUUGCUGCCAACGCGACUGGCACGUUCUUCUUCAACGGCAACAAUUACGCGUGCAUCUACGAUGAAGAUUCGGUGAAGCGCGUUCAGUACGCCUACCAGCACGGCCACCAAGUCGCCUCUCAUACGUGGAGCCACGCCGAUCUGACCACUCUUACUUGGGAUCAAAUUCACGAUGAAAUGUGGCGCGUCGAACAGGCUCUCCAGAAGAUCGUCGGUGCCUAUCCAGCGUUUAUGCGUCCGCCUUACGGAAAUUACAACGACCUUGUUCUGCAAGCGUCCUACAUCCGAGGGCAGGUCGUGGCAAUCUGGGACUUCGACUCGGGAGACUCGGUCGGCGCGACCGCCGCCCAAAGCGAGUCAUCUUACGAUCAGCUAGUUGCUCGCCACCCUAGCACCAUCCUGGCUCUUAAUCACGAAACUUACGAAACUACGGCGCAUCAAGUCCUCCCAUACGCCAUCCAGAAAUUGCAAGCUGCGGGUUACAAGCUCGUCAGUCUCGCGGAGUGCACAGGGCUGCCUGCGUAUCAGAGCGUCGGCGCUCCUGGAGUUCGGGAUUCCACUUGGCAUUGCUAG